CUCGAAAUUCACAGUUACAGGUAGGCUAUAAGAAUGUGUAAUAAUGCUGCUUUUGACGCGGAUCAUUCAUCGGAAUAGUCUCCUUGGGAAGAGUUCAAUUCCCCCCUUUCCAUUUGCGCCAUGUUGAAGGUUCACCAUUCCACUGACAUGUCACAGUUGAAUGUAGAACAUUGGGACAGCAGAAGAGAUGGUCCAUUGAAUGAAAGAAAUAUGGGAAACAAGCUCAAGUCACAGGGGUAUUCAUUUACAAAAUAUGUUUUUGCUCCUGGCACUGACUUUCCUGAUCAUACUCACGUAAUGUCCAAAAAAGACUCCAUUGUUUCUGGACAAUUCAGGUUUGCCAUGUGUGGCCAAGAAGUAAUUUUACAGCCUGGAGACAUGAUUGUUGUACCAGCUGGUACUGUUCACAAUGCCUCUGUGGUUGGAGAUGAGUCAGUGAUUUUCUUUGAUGCCUCCAAAUAAAGAUAAUAUGAAAUAAUAAAUAAUAUGAUAUGGACUGCAUGUGGUUUAUGCAGCUGUACAGAGGCUGUUGUAUUGUAAUUCAACUAUGUCCAAAUCAGUUAAUGACUCUAAUGUAUAUAGGAUGUAUUUUUCAGGAGUAUGAAACUCUAGUGGUAAAUCAUCAUUAUCUUCAUCAUUAUGUGCUACAAAGGAGUAAGAUCUCAGUGUAAGGUAAACAUCCCUGUUUCUUUCAAAUUGACAGAAGAGGUGAUACAUAAACUCAGCUAAUUUUGAACACAAAUUUUUUAUUAAUUAUUAUUAUUCUAAAAAUGAACUAUUGUAAUAAAUUUUGAAAGGCAGAUGUUUCU